AUGACUGAUGCGGGGUUCUUUAAAGGAACAAGUGCUGAACAAGAUGCCAGGUUUGCGGACAAAAAGAAAAAGCUAAUGAAAACGAUGAAGUUUGGCGAAAACCUAGCUCAAAAGGUUGACAUGACGAGGAUUAAUUUGGAGUCUAUCAGACCUUGGAUUGUGAAGCGUAUAACUGAACUUCUCAACUUUGAGGAUGAGGUCGUUUGCGAUUAUGUUUUCAACCAGUUGGAGGAGCGCGUCUUUUGGGAUGUUCAUCGCAAACAACGGUGGAACUCAGGUCUCCUGCGACGCACUGAGUGCGCUGCCGGUACACUUUUAAGCUUGUCUGAAGAAUUAUUUAUUUAA